UUGGGUGGGGAGUGGACCAGGGCGUUGGGGGAUUUGGCGAUGAGCCUGGCAUCAAAGUUCAGAUGAUGAACCUGAUUCGUUCAGUGCGGACCGUCAUGAGGGUGCCUUUGAUCGCAGUGAAUUCGUGCCCUCGCCGUCUUGGAAGGCGCCCAAGCAAUUUCUUCCGGUGUCACAAACAUAACUUGGUGAGGAAUAUUGGACAUUUCAAGUAAGUUAAGUGCUAAAGAUGAGAAACGUGCAGAAUUACAUUUUGGCCUCGCCGUCUUUAUGCUGUACAUAUUUCCUGUAUGUGCACAUCUACUCUUCUCAUAAAUUACUGAAAACAAAUUCGUUCAGCUGGGAGAGACUUCCCAGGCUUUCGUAUUUGUUUAUGAAAUAUCUGAGCAAAGCUCUUAGCCGGAGAAAAGGUUGCUUGUACAAUCCACGCGAGAGGAAGAAAUGGGACGUUGUUUACGCCGUCCACAACUGCAGGCUGAGCACGGUGCUUUUGAGGCGGUAUUGCAGUGCUGCAGGGUAUGGUUGGGACUAUCCAGAUAGUGAAUACAGAGGCGUUCCUCUUUGCUUCCCCGAGGUUAUGUGCCGCACGCUUCUGCUUAUGGCCAUCACUGAUCACAACUUCCGGCUGAGCCCAGUUGGUCUGGUUUGUGUACGCCAGAGCAUUAAAACUCAUCAACCAGUUGAUGAGCUGAAGAGAGGUCCCUUCACGUUGCAAGUUCAAGUUCUGGUGUACAGACCUAUGGAUGUCGGCGUGGAGGUGGAUGUCUUGCUCUCUGCCACUUCCCGUUCCAAGAGUCUCGUGUGGGAGAGCAUCCUAACACUGCUGUCUAAAAACAAGAACCAAGUAGCCAUCGAAUGUGAAGCCAACAACGAAAAUGCAACGUUGACACGUAAAAAGGAUGAAGCUGACUUCCAAGGUGUGAAACAAGUGCAUUUCAAAGUUCCAUUGAGUGCUGGCCCACCAUGUUCCUGGUCCUUCUUGGAAUAUUGGUUCCUCUAUCUGCCAGACACUCUGUUUGGCUUCAAGUUGCGGCCCAUGUCGAGUCUCUGGAUGUUGUCUGUCUGCCUGGCUGAAAUAGAGAAGCACAAAGGGGUUGGAGUCAUCACCUCUCCACUGAACAUCCUGGCCCAGUUUGAGGAACGUUUGUUGACGCCAAACAAAGUGACCCUUUCAUUUUGGAGGUGUCAGUCCUCUACCCAAGACCUCAGCUUCCAAAUGUACCAACACGAAGGAACCAAGUUUUACCUUACGGGUGGGAUAGCUAGGAACUGACUGAAAUGGGAAGUAGUCAAGAUCUUUAUCCUAAAGCGACAAAAUAUAUGCUGUGACUUGUACUCUCUCCUACUCUGUGUGUUAUGUACUGUGUCCUAGUUGAGUCGUCUCACUGUGGAGUCCUGGCUUGUAUGUAAACACAGUACAAGUACAAUUACACUAGGUUUUGGAAUUACACUACAAAGACCGCGAGGAUAAGACCUUAAAACCAUAAUUAUAUGAAAUUACAGCUUCAUUACUUCAUAUGUAGCACUCCUGUAACGUUAAAAGAAACAACUGUUGUAAAAAUCUGAAAUAACACGUUUAAGUUGGGACACUAUUGCAAGCUAAAACCACCAUUCUUUGCCAACAUCUGAGAGUGUCAGAUAACUGAGCUUUAUCUCUUUUAAAACAGGUCUUGUUUUGAGUGUGGUCAUAAUUUCAUGUCCAGUAAGGAUUAUUUGUCAUAUUCCCAACAAAAAAAAAAAAUGUUUUCUUUACAUGCCUGCUCUAGCAAGAACACUUGAUCAGAUAAUACACUUAUCAUUUUACCAUACACUGUGCUACUUUAAUAUAAGCCUCAUACUGUGUUAGAUGGAAGACAUUUCAAUAUUUGAUCCCUCUCAUAAUGCCAUUUGCAUUUGUUCAUGUAUGGAAGAGACUUGAUGAUUUAUUGAAACACUUUCAUGUGCAAGAUCGAAAUAAGUGGCUUUUCAUGCUUCCCUGCACUGUUCCAACAUUUGCUGAAAUUGUUUACUAGCAAUUGACUCCUAUGGAGAUGAACAUACAUAUACAUAGAAACAUGCAGCGGGAGAUGAGAACUGAUAUAAAAAUGGCCAGACCUCAAAUGGCAGAUUUCUCAUCAGCAGUUUUAAGUCCUGCUGCCAUCAAUGGUGGUUUCAACAGAGAGGGAGUCAUACGCAAGUCAACUAAUAACAGAUAAGUGCUCACCACUUGAGAAAGGAGAUAAGAUCUUUCUAUCCAAAUUUGUGUAUAGAUUAAGCUUCCAAAGUCACUCGUAUGAUUCAACAAUGUUUGAUUCAUCAGUUUGUCCAUUGAAUCACAAAAUGCAAUUUGGGGCUUUUGACGUCAUCCACCCAUCCAUUAAAACCAUAUUCUUUACAAUUU